AUGCAUGUGCUACAACUUAAUAAGCGAGUUCAAUCAUUUCGACAAGUGAGGGAACAAGAAACCCAUGUUAUAAUCGAUGAAAUUGGUAAAAGUUGUGGAUCGGUGGUUGAUUUAGGGGAGUUGCUAAAUUUGCUUACAAAUAAUGUAAUUUGUAGGGUGGUAUUAGGGAGAACAUAUGCAAGUAAAAAGUUUAAUGACUUGUUGGUAAGGUUUACGUAUCUUAUUGGUUGUUUUUCAGUCGGGAACUAUAUUCCGUGGUUGUCAUGGGUGGAUCGUGUGAGCGGUUUAGAGGCAAGAACAAAGAAGGUUGCUAAAGAAUUUGACGAGUUUCUUGAGGGUGUUCUUGAAGACCAUACAUAUAAGAACACAAUGAUGGAUGGAGAGGGAAAUCGAAAUGACAAAGGUCAAGAUUUACUUGACAUAUUGCUAGAUCUUGAGAUAGAGUCCAACACCAGCUUUAUGCAUAGGGAUGCCACUAAAGCUGGCAUCAUGGACUUAUUUGCUGCUGGAACUGAUACUGCAUCCACAUCCAUCGAGUGGGCAAUUAGUGAGCUAAUAAGACAUCCAAGAGUUAUGAAAAAGUUACAGAAAGAAGUGACAGAAAUAGCUCAUGGAAAACCCAUGAUUACCGAGGAUGAUUAG